UGUUGCGCUCGUUGAUCGGCUUCGUCUCGCAUGAUGGCCUUUCUUGUCAGAUCCCAUUCAGUCUCCAUGGUCUCCAUGGGUGUUGUUCCCUUCAAUGAUUGUGUGUGUUGAACUAACUAACAAAUCGAAUGGUUAGACCAUGACAAUAUCAGCUCUAUCAAACGUCUGCUCAGGCUGCUCUAGAUUAUUCUUGGGAAGUCUGGUUCUGCUAUUCUCGAUUCCAAAUGGAGCAACGGCAUUUACCAGUCCUGUUAGCAUUGUCCAUCGACGACCAUGCCACCACUUCCAACCAACACUGCCAUCAUUAUGUCGGCACAUGGUAGCCACAGAUAGUGAUAAUAAUAAUAUUAAUGCCAAUGACAGUGUCAGCAGCACAACCAAUGAUGGACCAUCAACUACUAUUGAAGAAGAAUAUUAUGCGCAAGACAUUAACGGCAAGAAAAUUGCCGCCACCAUUCGUCAAGAGAUAAAGGAACAAGUAGAAGACAUGAUGAUGCAAAACAACGACAACAAUCAUAAUCAUAAUCAUCACCCACCUGGAUUGGCCGUCAUGCUGGUGGGAUCCCGUCGCGAUUCUCAAACCUACGUCAAUAUGAAAACCAAAGCGUGCGACCAAGUGGGAAUUGCCAGUUUUCAAUUCAGCUAUCCAGAAGACAUUUCUCAUGAACAAGAAGUCCUCGAGAAAGUUCUGGAAUUGAACCAAGAUCCUACCGUUCACGGCAUUUUGAUUCAAUUGCCACUUCCAGCGGAGUGGGAUCAAGAUGCCAUUUUACAGGCCGUCCAUCCCGACAAGGACGUCGAUGGAUUGCAUCCCGUCAAUGUCGCCAAAUUAUGGACGAAUCAACAACAAGACGAUUUCUUUCCCAUUCCCUGUACACCCCUCGGUUGUAUGGAGUUGUUGCAACGCAGUGGCAUUGACGUGGCGGGAAAACAUGCGGUUGUGUUGGGACGCUCUCAUUUGGUCGGAUUACCGCUCAGUCGAUUGCUCUUGCAAGCCGAUGCCACUGUUACCAUGGUGCAUUCCAAAACUCAACAUAUCGAUGCAGUCGUACGACAAGGCGAUAUUGUCAUUGCAGCCGUCGGUCGUGCCCACAUGGUCCAAAAAGAAUGGCUCAAAAAGGGAGCCGUGGUGGUGGAUGUGGGGAUCAAUGCUGUAGAUAUCCCACCGAAAAAACCAGGAGGUAAAGCGUACAAACUCGUGGGAGAUGUCGACUAUGCCGAAGCCAGAAAGGUCUGUUCCCGAAUUACUCCUGUUCCCGGUGGAGUGGGACCCAUGACCAUUGCCAUGUUGCUACGGAAUACUCUGCAAGCGUGUCAACAACAACAGCAAAAGCAAUAAUCAGACACACGUAGAGUUGCUAGCUAUCUAAAAAUGCAUGGAACUGUACCGUUUCUCAUAGUCUAGAUUAUAUAAAAGGAAAAUACUAGAAACAAUAAUUUACUUCU